UUUCCGGUCGAACCUUUUGCAAGACGAACCCAGUGCAACAGUGACAGAAGUCUACUUUUAUUUUUUUUAAUGUAGCAGUAUAUCACUAGUUCACAGUUUAUUAUUCUUUAGUCACUAGAAUAGCUUUCACAGGAAGAGCCUAAACAACCGAGAGGCUAAGCUAAGCUAACGAGUCAUGAUCCUGGUGGACCCCGGUCUGUACAUUGGCACCGCGGCCGAUCUCAAUGACAGGCAGGCACUGGCUGAUGCCGCUGUCACUCAUGUCCUGUCUGUGGACUCUGUCGACCCCACCCCUCAGCUUCCCGCUGAUGGUGCCUUCUGCAUGAAAUGGAUCAACGUCUUAGAUGAGGCGACCUCUGACCUCCUGAGUCACCUGGACGACUGCUACCUGUUCAUUCAGGAGGCUGUGGUUGGAGGUGGGGCUGUCAUUGUUCACUGUCAGGCCGGUCGAAGUCGCAGUGCCACCAUUGUGACUGCUUAUCUAAUGAAGAGAUACCAGCUGGGCUUCAUAGAGGCCUACCACAGACUGAAGAGUGUCAAACAGGAUGUACAGGUCAACAGUGGUUUUGAGGAGCAGUUGUAUCUUUAUGAGGCCAUGAAGGGUGAAGUGGACGCCUCCAGUCCUCUGUACAAACAAUACAGACUGAAGAAGAUCACUGAGAAGUACCCUGAGUUGCAGCAGAUUCCCAGGGAGCUGUUUGCUGUUGACCCUGCCCACUCCAGCUCCUCUGAAGUGUCCUAUCGCUGCAGGAAAUGCAGACGAACUCUGUUCCGUGGCUCCAGUAUUCUCAGUCACCCAGUAGGAGAAGGAGCGUCAGCCUUUGCUCACAAGAAGUUCAGUAACUUCACUGAAGGCGUCCAGUGUACAUCUUACUUCAUUGAACCAGUGCAGUGGAUGGAACAAGCUUUACUUGGCGUGAUGGAUGGACAGCUGUUGUGUCCUAAGUGCAGCUCUAAGCUGGGCUCUUUCAGCUGGUGUGGGGAUCAGUGUUCGUGUGGCCGCUGGGUCACUCCCGCCUUCCAGCUGCACCGCAACAGAGUGGACGAGAUCCGACAGCUGAACAUACAGACAUAAGAACAGGUCCUCACACAGCCCUGUGAAAGUGUAGAAGACUGGUCAAAAUCUUCUCACUGCCAAAGUAUACAACUCAAACCGGUCCCACAUACUAGAAGAUGAUCAAACUCACACCUACACAAAUGACUGCAGGCUCUGCAGCCAGAAAAAUACAGUGAUUUAAUACAAUCUGUAAAUUCCAGUUGUGUGAAGUUUUGUACAACAAAUUUUCAAGGGCACUUUCUUUAACCUUAACUUUUUUUUCAAUAAAAAAAUUUAAAAAUGUGUUGCUAUGACAUGU